AAGUUAAUAUUAAUUCAUAUUUCGUCUGGACGUUGUUGUGGUCUCAUCUGUGUGGAAAAUACGUUGAAGUUUUUAAAAAAAGAAGUUUAAAAUAGUAUAAGAAUUAAUUUCCUGCAAAAAAUGCAUUUUAAAUUGUCACUGGUACUCAUAAUCUUGAUCGGAACAACUUUUAACGUUAGCCAUGGAGCAAAUAUCAUGUUUUAUUUCGGAUUAUCCUCAUAUUCGCACCGAAUCAGUGCCUGGCCUCUUAUCGAAAGUCUCGCGGCACGAGGUCACAACGUGACCUUUGUGUCGCCAUUUCCCUCCAAGAUGUCAAAUCCCACUGGAGUGACGGACUACGUCCCUAAAUCGAUGGUCGACUGGCUCACGUCUUUCGACGAGACGGCGACCUUUUACAAAGACCGUGUGGCAGGAACGAUUGAGUGGAACUGGUUUAAGCUCACGGAGUAUGGCGUAAAUCUGUGCACUACGAUUUUAAGCGACCCAAAGUUUGUGGACUUUGUGAAAAAUACUAAAUUCGACAUGGUCGUCGUUGACUCGUUAGCGAACGAAUGUGCGUACGGUUGGACGUUUCUUCACGGUUCGAAACUCGUGUUGUUCAACACGGCAAAUCCGUUCCCUUGGUAUGUAGAUACGAUCGGCUUUCCUGACGAAGCCUCCUGGAUUCCUGACCAGAUUUUUCACCCAUCUCCACCAGCAUCGCUAUCUUUUUGGGGACGCAUUCAGGGUGUCUUCACUCCUCUUUACUACACCUUUCUCCGUGAAAACUUCUACUUUCCUGCCCUGGAGAAAAUCUUUCGGGAAAAACUCGCCCCUGAUUUCCCAUCCGCGUCAGAUUUUGAAAAGUCCACCAGCCUCGUUUUAGCCAAUACGCAUUACGGAGAGGACUUUGCGAGACCACUCCCACCCAACGUGGUCUCAGUGGGGGGCAUGCACUGCGCCGAGAAGACGAAACCGCUCCCCAAGGAAAUAUCCGACUUUCUCUCCACCCCUACCGGUGAGAAGGACGAGGGUUUCAUCUACAUGAGUUUUGGAUCAUUUGCAGAAAUUACUAACUUUCCUCUUCACAUUCAAAACGAAAUCGUCAAUACUUUAAGGAAAUUGAAAAAUACAAAAAUUCUAUGGAAAAUGGAUAUCGCCGAACCCCUCAAGAACCUCCCUGCCCACAUCUACACUGCAAAAUGGAUGCCACAACAGGACAUUUUAGCCCACCCUAAAAUCCGAGCAUUUAUAACACACGCUGGUCUGCUCGGAAUUCAGGAAGCAAUCUGCAACGGUGUCCCACUCAUCGCAUUCCCCAUAUUCGCCGAGCAGGACUACAACGCCAACAAAUUGGAAUGGCGCAAGGUCGGCGUCCAGUUGGAAAUCACCACCAUCACGGAGGACAAAUUCACAACUGCAAUUCGACGCGUUUUAGACGACAAAGAAUUUUCCACUAAUAUGAAACGACUAUCCACAAUUUUUCGCGACCGACCUGCCCGUCCCGUCGACACUGCGGUUUGGUGGACAGAGUACGCUUUACGCCACGACAACGCCACGCACCUGCGCCCCCAAUCGGUUCACCUUCCGUGGUGGAAAAAACGCCAGCUCGACAUUUGGGGCAGCAUCUUUCUCGCUAUUCUUUUAAUGUACAAAUUAAUCUGCCUUCUGCUUAAAGCAAUUUUAAAACUUUUUUCCGGAUCCAACAAGGAUAAGAAGAAAUCUAAGCUAAAAUCGUCCUGAUUUAUAUAUAGUAAGAAGUUUCAAAUAAAAUUUUAUUUAAUUUUUGAUGACGAUGAUGUUUAAAAAUCAUUAAUAAAAAAAGUCAUUCAAAUUUUUUCAAUUUGAAGGAUUUUCACGUCGUUGCAACAGAUAAUUAAUAAUGGACAAUCUUCAGUUUUAUUAAGAUUCAUUAGUUGAGAUUGCCUAAAUUGCAUAUUUUCUGAAGUGGGCAACAGAAAAAAGAGAAUAAAACUUUUCCAAAUCUGAACAAUUUAA